GUGGGUAGACACUUCUCAUACAAAAACUAGUCUCUAUAUGUAGCAAUUGAUAUACAACCUUAUCCCUUAAGCAAUAAAGUGCAUUUUGGAUUGAUUUUACUAUAGCAGGGGAACCCGCGGAUCAAUACCACCAUACUAAAAAUAAUUGUUAGUGUCCUUAUGUUGGUAGUAUUGUUAGUUUGACAAAUGAAAAAAAAUGUCUGUCAAUUGAGUUUGAGUUUUUAACCGGCGAAUUGAUUCGUGUGAAGUUAUUUUCUCAGAUUUGGUGCAAUAUUACUGUAAAUAAACUUUUCUGUCGUUUACGUUGAGUUGAUUAAGUUCCUCCGUAUCGGGCGUGAUAAAGUUUGCUGUUCAGUGUUAUGUUUUUUGUGAGAUAGAGACUCUUUUAAAUAAGCUGUGUUUCAACUUCUACAGAAGUUUAAACUCUUAUUUACUUUUCUGUUUAAUGGGUAUGUUAUCUACUUACUUGAAAUAUUAGAUCUAUUACAAAUCUAUUUUUCAUUAAAAACAACCCUAUGUGAUGAAAAUGUAAAUGUACUUUCAAAACUGGUAAAUGCAUGAACCAGGGCAUUGACACUGGUUGGAGAGAAAUUAUAGGCUUUGUUUAAUUAAUACCUAUUUCAUUUUAGGCUUCUACUGAUAAUGGAGAGUAGAAACAACAAGAAGUGCGUUAUUUGUAAUAAGAGGCGAAGUCGUGGUGGAUCACCCUUACUUUUGAGUAGGUUUCCUCUGGAUUCUGACCGUUGUCGAAUGUGGGUUAAAAAUGCUGGCUUAGAAGACUUAGCAUAUGUACCUAUUGAAAAGUUACACCAACUGAAGUUUGUUUGUGGUGGGCACUUCACUCCUGAAUCCUUCAAUGCCAAAGGAACUCGGCUGAAGAACUCAGCUAUUCCAACACUGGAAUUGAGCAAUCCCAUCUUGCCAGAUGAAGUUUUGACAGAGUUUCCUCUUCAUGUAAAAGACUCCAAUAAAGAAAACCUCAAGACAGUUCUUUAUGAUCAUUCAUAUUGCAUUCCAAAGAAGUCAAAUCCAGUUGAACGAGUUCCCCUUACAACUACAACCAAACAACUAAAUUCAACAUGUUUGGGAGCUGUGGAUAUACCAGAUUCUGGUAUUUCUGCGAAAACAACUUUUGAACCUCUUCCUUCUACUUCCAAUGCACCAGAACAUAUGACCUAUAAACCCAUUACUCAUGAUGAUAAAAACAUUUGCCAUCAAGAUGCACAGGCAGAAAUAUUAGUCCACAGUUAUAAAAGACCUAAGAAAAACAUUGAAAUGAAAGACACUUCAUCAACAUUUACAAUUAAAGAGAAGAGGCUUUGGCGACAGUUACAAAAUGCAAAAAAAAACAAUAAGGAAUAUAGCGAAGGUAGUUGCAGAAGAACACAACAGAAAUUUUUUAAAUAUUAAAAAACUGAAUAGUACCAUUGUAAAUCCAACAUUCAAAACUAAGAUGAGGGUGAAGUAUGCUGCGCAUGCUCUGAGUAAUACCGUGGCAGCUAUUUUAAAAAUGAUGGCAUGGAAAGAAGUUUCUGAUUGCAAUGAUACAGCAUUUGUGAUUGAACAGUUAGAUAAACUAUUUGAUUGUACAAAUGGUCCAUCAUCUUUAAAUGACGUAAAGAAAGGGAUCCGGGAAAAUGUUUCCACAUCAAGUAAUCACAUUGAGUCUUGGACCUUUUAUACUGAUAAGUUAAAAACCAUAAAAUUUAUAACAGCAGAAAACACGAUACUAAAAAAUGUUAAAUGCGUAAAGGGAUAUCAAAUAUCUAUCAAAUCCUUAAACGAUAUUUGGGAAAAGUUAAAGAAUGAAGGGUUUAAAUAUAUGAACCUUAGACAGUUUAACCAAGACUCUCUGGAAAACUUAUUUGGAAUCAUUAGGCAACACAGUGUAACCAAUAGAAAUCCCACUAUCACGCACUUUACUGCAGCGCUUAAAACAAGCAUGGUUACUGGGCUGAAAGUGCCUCAUAGCAGAAGUGCUAAUUGUGAAGCAGACAACAAUAAAAAUAUGCUGGAAUAUAAAGACAUUUUAAAAACUAAUUUAAAAACAACAGAAAUAAAAAUUAAUGUUCAAGAUUCCACAGACACUGAAUUUUAUCCUGUGUUGUCUAUCCCGGACCCUGAAAACUUAGAACAGCCCAUUGAAAAUUUGUGUAGCCUUGAAAACCAACCAGUAGUAUAUGUAAGCGGGUAUUUAGCUGCCAAACUAUUACAGAACAGUUCUUGUUUAAUUUGUGAAGAGUGUUUGAGCGUGAAAACUCCUGUUGACAAUGAUUUGUAUGCAUAUAUAUCUCUUCGCGAAUGGUGGCAUGAUAAAAAAAGUCUCGUUUAUCCAACAAUUCAAUUAUGUACCACCGUAAAUGAAGCUAAACAAUUUUAUCAUGACCAUAUUGCCGACCAGAUAUAUAUGGAAAAUGUUGGAAAAUUCAUUUUCUUAAUGUUGAGUACAAAUUGUAAUUUUAGUUGGUUUAAAUGUCAACAACAUAAUAAAUAAAUUUAUGAUAAGAUGUUUAAAAUAUUAAGUUACCUUUUUCUAAGAAAAAGUUGUAAAAUCAUUAAUGACAGCCUCAUAAAAAGUGAAAACAAUUUUGCUGACAAAAGUAAAAAAGCACAGCAACAAAGCAUUGAAAAGUAAUCUUAGGGCUGAGGUUCGAUCAGCUGAUAAGAAAAUUAAAGAUGUUUAUAAAUAAAAAUCCUAUUUUUUCUUAGAAAAAGUUGUGAAAAUAAAAGUUUACAAAAUUAUCAUUUCUGUACUUUGUUAUAAUUUUCAAUAAUUCCUCAUGCCUACAACUGCUAUGUCAUGUUCAAUACUUAUUGUAAUAUACCUAUUUUAUUUCGAAAUAAAUAAUUUACGUUACAAAACUUCGUUUUACUUACACAUAGUAUAAAAUAAAAAUAGUAAUCAUUAAAAUAUUGAAGGUUCCUAUACUAGAUAUCGAUAUGCAAUUACAACCCUAGCAAAGUAUCGAUAAUCGAUAAGUUAUUACGAACGUCACUAAUACUGUCAGAAAAUAAGGCAUUAUGUUGGUAGCUCCGCCUGUAGUUUGUGCGGUUGGUAAAGAUUUGCGGGUCGUUCUCUAAAAUGCAUAUGU